AUGAGCCGCACCCCUGCUGGAACGAGUCAGACCAAAAAGGCACUGACAUGUGCACCCUCCUCCUCGGCGUCGCUGAAGCGAUUUGUUGACAUGAUCCCGCUGGACGUUGACAUUGAAAAGGUGCGACAAAUCAUCCUCAAGGGCAAGCAGCUCACCGCUCUUCCCCCUAACUUGGGUGGGUUGCUGCACGAAGUUCGGCGACUGGAUCUGUCGGAAAACGACAUCCACGACGUCGCGCCGCUGGCCUCACUGUCCCACCUCAGCUCCCUCAACCUCGCAAAGAACAAACGUCUGUCGUCUGUUGCGCCUCUUGCCACGCUGCACCUCACCGUAUGCGUCGUAGCUCAUUGCGGUCUAAGCUCAUUGGUUGGCCUGGAAGGAAGCGCAGCGACGUUAAAGACCCUCAUAGCAAACGACAACAACUUAGUGUUGCAAUCUCCCAGCGGAGGAACCGUGGCAAAUGCUCAGGCAGCCAGCGUCGCAAGGGCCGUGAGAAACUACGAAACAAUGGCAAUGCUUUCCGCCUGUGAGACGAUUGUGCUCUCCCGCAACCCACAACUCUGCGCCUUUUAUGCUGCGCCUGGUCCAGAUAGGGAGGAUUCUAUAGCGGGAGACAUCGGGAAUAAUAUCAAGAGAAAAGUACCACACCAUGAGGCGGACUGGUCACACCCACUCUCUGUCCUUGAGAAGAUGACACAGUUAAAGAAACUCUCGCUCAGUGGGUGCGGACUGGGCUCCUUGCCUUCCCACUGGUUUCUUCCCAUGGUUACCGAGCUGAGGCUGAGCCAUAAUGCGCUACCCAGUCUUGUUCCAGAAGGAGUCAUUUUUCGCUCAGUGAAGAUCCUCGACGUCAGUCAUAACGCUCUCACGGAAGUCGCAACGCUGCGACGGUGCCGUUUUGUGCGCCAGUUAAGCAUACGCGGUAAUCCGUUUUUGAGGGAGGCAGCACCAUCAGCACAGGCGGAGAAUGGGAAGCUGAGCAACGGGGUAUGCGUGCCACCUGAAGUCAUGAGGUUUCUCGCGCGGAAGAUGCCACAUCUGGAGGUCGUGGACGGCACGUUGUUCUCCUCCAUUCAACCCGGGGAUGUGGCUGGAGAGAGCGGGCGUGAGUGGUGUGAGGCCGCGGGGGCCACGAGUACGCAAAGCAGGGCACCUAGUAAUCCGACGACGAAGCACGUCGAAGAGAUUGAGGACGUCGUUGUGACGCCUUCCGAAGUUGUACCAGAGAACACUCGAGCGCCUAUUGUUCGGCGGGAACGCAAGAACCUACUAGCGCAGCGAAAGAGGGAGCUCGUAGCGGAUGGUGCCGCUGUGGCCCAACUGGUGAAGCAGAGAAAGACGGAAGCUGCUGGAUGGUGA